CGGGGGCAACGGGCGGUGCAGGCGCGGAUGUAGAGGCAAGUCAGGGGGUGUUUGGCUAUAUUUAGGCCUCCACGCAGACACUGACCCCCCGCGGGUCUAGAACGAGCUUUGCCCUGCAAUGCUCGGAACACCAUCUCCCCACAGAGACAAGCGGGAGUGGUGACAGUCGCAGAGGUGCGUCGCAUGGCUGUCUCGCCGCGCGGCUUGGCAGGGCGGGUUGACGGGAGGGCCGAGGGCUUCGUCGCGGGCGGGGAUGGCGAAGUGAGUGAAUGAAUGAAUGAAUGGAUGGACAGACAGAUCUUCUCGAUCUCCCAAAGCACCACAGGAUUCGCCGGGGCCCAGGGUUGUGCAGGCGCGCAUCCUUUCCUAGCCGCGCAUCCCUGCCAAUUAGCGCUCGAGACUCACGACCCUUUUGCCGAGCGCGCGCCGCCUUGGAACUCUGAAACUCGUCGUGCCCCUUCAACAACCCAAAGCCUCCUCUGUUCUCCCCGUUCGCUCCUUUCACCCACUCUCGCUCUCGUUGCUACUGCUUUUUCGCCUGGUGUUUCGGCCUCCCUCGUUCGACCGACACCCCGCCCCCAUCUGCCUCGCUCACUCGCUCCGGCGCCACCCCUUUACCAUCCUUCGAAGACGCAGUCUAGGUUGAUCCUGCUGCCACUCCGCCUUUAAUCGCCCAUUUCUGCUCCCCUCCGCGACCGCUCCAACUCGACACCAUCCCGCUCCUCCGCCCGCGCGCAACCGCCUCUUCGAGC